AUCAAAAAAUAUACUUAACUUUGAUUUAAAAAAAAAAAAAAAUCCAGAAAACAACACUUAAUAUCUUAAUAUUUAAGAAUGUUUAUAUUAGUAGGUAAAAUAAAUUGUGUGCAUUUUUUCACCUGUUGAAAUGAGGAAUGUUCUCUUUCCUGGUUAACAAGCUAUAUAUAAUAUAGGCCACUAUAUACAGAUGAAUGUAUUUACAAAAGAAGAAGAAACGAGCUCGUCUCUGAGGAGAGCGAAUGAAGCACAGUGAGUGAUCGCAGCUGAAACUGAGGAGAGAGAAUCAUGUGGAUUCAGAGGAUCUGCUCUCACUCCAGAUACAGCUGUGCAGGAGAGAUGAUGAAGACAGGAAAAUCCCAAACUGUUUCAUUCAUCCAGCAUGUGCUGAGAGCUGAUUCUUCCUUCACCCUGGACACAACUGGAGUAAUGAAGACAGAAUGAUGUGCUUUAAUGUGUUUGAACGAAACUCUCCGGGCUUCAGAGGAACUGAAUGGCAGUAACAGGCGCUCAAAUUCAAUGAAUCAUAAGAGGAUUUGAUGCGAUGAAAAUGAACUUUGGGACAGUUGUCAUCAGUGCGGGUCUGUGCGGGCUGCUCAGCUUCAUCCUGCUCGCCGUGUCCAUCGCCACUGAUUACUGGUACAUUAUAGAUGUGGAUGAAGGGAAGAACUCCAGCCUGGAAUACAGCAGCUCCCACUCCGGACUCUGGAGGAUUUAUGAAGAAGGAGAGAACAGCAGUUAUCAUGACAUCUCGUUCUACACGGACACCUCCGACCACACGGAGCAGGAGAAGCACCUUUUGAACUUGCACAGGGUCAUAGUGGUCCUGCUGCCACUCAGUCUGGUGCUGCUGGUGUUUGGGGGCAUCUUCGGUCUGGUGGCGUCUUUGGCUCAGAGCUGCUCUCUCCUCACCUGCAUCGCUGCUUACUUCCUCAUCUGCAGUCUGCUGACGGUGUCUGGUGUGAGCAUCUAUAUCAGUUACUCUCAGCAGGCUUUGGAAGAGCUGCAGCUCACGGUGGAUGUGGAGUCACUGGCUCACGUCCACAUGUCCUUCGGAUGGUCUCUGGUCAUGGCCUGUCUGUCCUUCUGCCUGGAGCUGCUCACGGGGAUCCUGCUCAUGCUAGCGGCCCGUCUCAUCCAGCGACAGUGCCACCACGAGCCUGCUGCUGUGUUCUCCAUGAGCCAGAGUUCACCACAGAUGCUGAGACUGCAGUGAUGAUGAUGUUGUCUCCAUUCACAUGAUUUUCAUCCACAGUUUGAUCAGGAAAUGAGUUUGUGCUGCAUGUCAAAGUUGAAAUGGAGAGUGCCGGGUGGCAAAUGAGACAGCUGCAUCAAUUAUUGAAGGAGAGGCUCACUCGAGGACUGCAAAAUUUGUCUGCGUCGCUCGACUGUUUCUGUGCGAUCACGUUUUCCUCAAGACUUCCAGAAACACGAUUUCCUCUGCUCACCAAUGUCAUGUGUCAAGAGCUCAUGGUAUAUACAUGAUGAAUCAAGCCAUUGCAGCUUUUACAUGUAGUAUCUCUAGACGCACAUUUUUUACAGUCAAACAACAAAAUACCUGAUAUUUCAUAGUGGUGUAUCUGUCAAAUAAGCAAUGAACAAUUUUUGGUAAAAGUAUGUGUGUAUAUAUAAAAGUUCAGGGUCAGAAAGAUGACACGACUCUUUCAAAAACAUUAAAAAAAUCUUUCCGACCCCAAACCUUUAUAGGAGACCAGGAGGGGACAUGUUCAGUUCACUUAUGCCAAGUUCAGACUGCACGAUUUUCAAAGUAGUCGGGUCACUGUUCUUUUCACACUGCAUGACUAUCUUGGCCAGCAUUCAGUCGCUGCUGUGUUCAA